AUGACACGCAAUCCGAAAAUCGCACGCACACCAUACAACCAACCGCAACGCACUUCGCGCCGGCUCCGACAGAGCGUUGUUGUAGCACCUCGCAACACCACCAAAUGUUUCAUCGCUUUCAAGCACACACAAUCGGUUAACUACGCCGAAAGUACACGCCCGUCCGCAACUCCACACCGCUUCGGCGCAAAGUACCCAGAGCAACGCAAAAAAUGCGUCAAAUAG